AUGUCCAGCACAUACGAACCCCAGCCAACUUACCCGGCGGAGUGGCUGAACCAGUAUGCUCUCUCAGACGUGGUCUCGGCAGUGCCGGUGAAAGAAGAUACUGGAAUGAAAGACGGAGAUACUGGCUAUCAGCGAAAAGUGUAUAUGACCUCUGCUGAUAUCGUCAAUUCCCUGGACAAGGUCUCAGUAAUGUACAAGUACACAGAUGUUCUGGCAUUCGACUCUGCAGAAACGACCCUUUCGUCCACCACGGACAGUAUGUUAGUCCUGGCUGCGCGGGUCCUGACUGCCGACGGCCCCGUGACUCUCAAGGUUAACCCUGCCCAAUACACGGGCUGUGUGCUCCGGAUCUAUGUCUCUAUCCUGGACCAGCCGGUGACGGUGCAGAGUCCUGACGCAUCGCAGAGUAUCCGUUUGGAAUUGGGUCCGGGGACGAAUCAUGUCGGGGCGGCAGUCACCGUCCAGACGGACAGUAUCAGUGUCGCGUACUACCAGCAAUAUUUCGACCUCCCGGAUGAGGUCUUCGAGGCCUCAUUAGCGACACAAUUACGGAUUGCACAAGCGCUAUUCUGGCAGAAGCCUUCCAUCGCUAUGUCAUUGUGUGCCUACGUGGCUACCGCAACGGCCCGUCCCGCGCUUUACCCGGCGCUCAAUACGCAGGCAGUUUCCCUGGGCCAGCAAUUAGCUGCCCAGGCCAUGACCGGUCCUGACACCUCGUAUGCUCCUGCUUUGACUAUUAGCCAGUACCGCCAAACUGUAGAGGAUGCCAUCAAUGCCCUGGAGGCAUUUCAGACGCAGUACGAGCGUUUUCACGAUGAAAAGGCCAGUGUCGACGAUCACAAGGCGGCUUGGACCACCAUGCUCCAGCAAGCCAUCAAUCAACAAGCCUUGCGUGAGCAGGCUCGAGAUUUGGCCUCCGACAAGUACUCUGAUGCCUGUGUCACUCGAGACAGCUGCUAUAAUCUGGUCACCUCGGGCCGCCAGGAGUUGGAGUCCGCCCGGAAAAAGUUUGAGGACGCCCUGGUAGCCUGGGAAGAAAAGCAAGCGUUCCUUGGCGUGUAUGGCCUUUUGUCUGGGAUCCUAACAUUCGGCGAAAAGUUGUACGGUAUCUCUGCAGCUUCCGCCCUGGACGAUGUGCUGAAAGCAAUAGAUGGCGCAAAGGACAUCAUCGAUAAAGUGAAAGAAGCAGAGAAGAUCACUGCUGCAGAGGAUCGACGCAUCUCCGCCGAUACUUUGCAGAAGCUUACGGAGUGCAUGGGUCCUCUGGAAAAUCUGUAUUUCUCUAUGGUUACAGUCGCUGCGGCGAUCAAGGAAUUGGAAACUGAUCCAAAUGCGGCGAUUCCAUCGGUGGACGGUAUUUCCGGCACCAGCCAAGGAGAUGCCGAUGCGAACCUGAUCAUCACGUUAGCUGCAUGGGAUUCUUGGAACGUGAGCUCUGUUGCGCAGCUGGAAUUUGCGGUCGCCCAUUCCAUCCCAAACGCUGCUGCUUACCGGUUGGCUGUUCAGAAAUAUAGCAUUAACGGGAAGGCGCUGGCUCAGGCGGAUGCUCAAGCCACCAAGGCAGGACAGGAAUAUGUGCUGGCAGAGAUGGAAGUGAUUACCAGUCAGAAGGAUAUCAAAGAGCUGCAAGAGCUGAUUGCCAAGUAUACCGGUGAAGAAGAGCUGUAUGCUACAGCCGAAGCGAAGUUCUACAAUUCCUAUCUGUUCAUGCAAACCUCGGUGGCUAUGGAGAUGCGCAAUAUGGCAUGGGCAUACAAAUACUGGGCGCUGGAAGACAGCCCUUUAGUGCUGGACUCACAAAAGACCACAGCCCAAUUUCGCAGUGAUGUGUAUCUCAUUGAUGAAGCGAUGAAUGCCGUCAACUCCAAGUACGACCGAAUCCUGCAGUUACUCACACAAACUGUGUCAUCCAACGACCUUCCAUCCAAUUACGGCCAACUAUUACUCUCCGGCCUCCAAAGCGAGACCCACAGCGCCAGUUUCACCCUCACUCCAAGCACCGAUCCAGACAGUGAGCCCAGCUUCGCCAGCAUCUUCACAGACGGGUCACACUUCCGCGCAGCCGGCCUAGUAGCCUAUCUCCGGGGCGCGCGUCCACGGUCGGAGAGUCUCCAGAAUGGGGUGUACCGCGUCAACCUCAAUCUCUCGACCUCGGGUCUGUAUGCGGAUAUCCAAGAUGGUAAGAUCUUUCAUUUCACUCGUGCGCCGCAGACUGCCCGAGUGUCUUAUGACAUUGAUGCCGAUGGCGAAAUCGGCGAAAUCCAUAUCGACGGUUCGUUUGGGGACGAGGUCCAUGCGUAUCCGACUGUCUUUACUCAGUGGACUAUCCAGUUGUUGGAUGGCGACGAGCUGGAUUUGAGUCAGCUUACGGGGGUGGAUUUGGCGUGGAGAGUCUACGCGAGGUUUGACUAG